AUGGAAGAGGCGCUAGAGAGACUGGAAAUCCAGCUUGAAGAGGUGAAACAAAUGAACGAAAAAGGUAAAACAGAGUCUCUUGAGUUAAAUCACAUAGAUGACAUGGCUAAAGAGGAUUUUAAUAUAACACCUUCAUUGGAGAGAGUGGGUGUAUCUAUACCAUCUUUUAUGAUGCCUAAUAUGGAGAUGCUAAGCCCGAGCAAUGUUUCAAGACGGUUCAAUGAAUAUGCGCAUGCUGUGAACAUGGAACAUUCUUCAAGUAGCCACAUUGCUGAAAUGUUGGGCGAUCUAAUCAAUAGACGUACAUCUGAGCUAAAAAAUUUGUAUUCAGACGUUAGUGAGUCUUUGGCCGAUGUUUUGAAUACUAAUAUUGACCAUCCUAUUGAUGAGUACAUUUCGGAAAUCCAAUCAGAUGAAAACUCACCAGCUACAAGAGAUAACGAAACUGUGAAAAAAAAUGACAAAAAACAAGAGGAGGAAAUUUAUCAAUCACUGGAGAAGUAUAAACAUUUAACGUUUUUAACUUUUGAGCAGUUCCAAGAUCAAAAGUUUCUAAGGAAUAGAAUCAAAAAGAUACUAACGCUUCAAAUAUCACCUGUUUUACAACGGCUACUGAUCCAAAAAUUGAUGUCAUGCUCUUACAUUGAAAAGCAAAACCAUAUCAAGGCUCAGCUAGAGAAACAACACCAUCAUCUCCUAAAGGGUGAAAAUGGGGGAAGAGAAGAGGAUGUAGAAGUCGAAGAAGAUGAUAUAGAGGACGAUGAAGUUUUCCUUACCAAGAAAGAUAAAACAGCAACAUAUUUUUCAAUAGAAGAUGGUAUUCUGGGGUGUCCGCAUUAUCGUCGAAAUUGUAAAAUCGAAUGCCACCAAUGUCAUAGGUGGUAUCCAUGUCAUCUGUGUCAUGACGAAGAAAUUACAUCCCACAGACUGGAACGGAAAAUGGUCAAAUUUGUUCUCUGCAUGUAUUGUUUUACGCCGCAACAUCCAGAACAGUUUUGUGUUGAGUGUGAUCGAGAACUAGGAAAAUAUUUUUGUUUCCAAUGUAAACUGUAUGAUAACGAUCCACUGAAGAACAUCUACCAUUGUGACAAAUGUGGGAUUUGCAGGUUGGGUUUGGGACUUAACCAAGAUUAUUUCCACUGCGAUAAUUGCAACGUUUGUAUAUCCAUUGAGUUGCAGAAGAAUCAUAUUUGUAUUGAAAACUCAACAAAGUCAAAUUGUCCAAUAUGUGAUGAAUUUAUGUUCAAUUCAAACGAAAAGGUUGUAUUCAUGACGUGUGGUCAUCCAAUUCACGAAAAAUGUUACAGACAACAUACGUUGCACUCCUAUAAAUGUCCUACCUGUUCAAAAACGAUCUCAAACAUGGAACUUCAAUUUCGAAUGAGAGACUCUGAAAUUAAGAAUAGCAUCAUGCCUGAUGAGCUUAGAAAUUGGAUUGUGGAUAUCAAAUGUAUUGAUUGUAAUGGUAUGAGUAGGGUACCCUUUCAUUACCUAGGACAUAAAUGUGACCACUGCCAUAGCUACAAUACGAUGCAGGUGAAGUUAACAAAAGGCAAUGAAGAAACUCAUGGUGUAGAGGUAAGCGGUGGCAGUGUAGAUGAGAAGUUGUAUGUUGCUGAACAAUUUAUUGCAGAUGCAUUGAAACAAAACUUUGCCUUUGAAAACCAAGCUCUGGACAAACGAAUUGAAGAGACGCCACAGAAAAACAAUUUUGAAGAAGAAGAAAAUGAUGAUGAUGAUCUCAAUAAUAGCAGGGAUAUCACUAAGGAUAGCGAUAAUUAUGACGGUGGAGAUGGGGACAAGGAUGAUAGUAGCGAGAACGGUGAGACUAAGUUUGUAAAUAACUUCAUUACUGUCAUUAAUAAUUUCGAGGCGUACCCAUCAAUCGGAGAAGCCUUUAAGGAUUGGAUUCAGUUGACGUUGGGCCAAAGUCCUAGCGAUGACGAAGAUGAGACGGGAAAUACAGAUUGUGACGCUUAA